UUCCCUUUCCUUCGCCUCCCACUAGAGCUUCGUGAGCAAAUCUACUCGUACUACUUUCACCCCGGUGACCACCUCGUGCGCAACACUGCGCUCGAAGCAAAGGGUUUCUUCGGAGGCGUCUACCACUGGGACCUCGACGUCUUUUAUGUAAAUAAGCAGAUACACCGGGAGAGCAAGCGCGUGUGGAGACGAGAAAACAUCUUUGUUAAGAUCGCGACGCCAUGGCCGAGUGCUGUCAAUCAUAUCUCAUCAGAGGGCUUGGUGCCGAUUGUAUGUGCGGACGCCCAGGCGAAUGCGUUUACGGGGCAUCACGCUGUGGUGCAGAUUGAUUCGCCGAUGCAGAUUGUAACGCCGGAGCAUAUGGUUGUCAUGUUGGCGGAUGACUUGCCGUUGUUCACUCGGACAUGGUAUUACAGUGCGUUGUCGUAUCCGACGCUGAACGAGCGGCUGAACACUACGUUUAUGCUGCGGAAUCCAGCGAGAGCAAAUGAAAACCGCGAUGAGGAUAGCGAAGAGCAAGAUCAAGAACAAGACGGGCUUGGAGUCCCCCUCGCCGUCCAGCGAAAACUCCUCCUCCCAUUCGAACAUGUAAAGGGCCUCCACGACUCCAUCUUCAUCGGCUUCUCAAACACCGUCCAGUCGGAACUCGCGCACCUGCAAGCCCGCCCGAUCCCCUCACUCGAGCAAAGCCUCGAAUCAGCAACAGACUACCUAGCCGCCGGCGACGCCGCGCUGGCGAAGUCCACGGAGCCCACCGCCCUUGAAGCAAUCGAGCUCUAUAAAAAAGCCUUUCAUGCAAUCCACAUCCUCAUCCAUGGCCGCACCCGCCGCGUCAUGGCCGACGUCUUCUUCCAAGACGCAGUCACCCACGGCCGCUAUGCAGGCCAAACAGGCGUCACCGUGCGCGUCGUCCUGCGCCUCAAACUCGUCUCUCGAUUUCUCGCCGCAUACAACCAGCUCGCUCGCUGGGACGACGCGGCGUUCUGGGGCAUGCGCAGCAUCACCAUCCUCGAAGAGUCGCUCAACCCAGAUUUCGAAAUGUUCCUCGCAGAGGUCCUGGGCGGUAGCGACGUAGGCAUGAUUUACCUGCGCACGGGCAUUGCUUUUUGGAACAUGGAAAAUAAGCGCGAGGAUUGGAUGGGCGAGCUGAUUAGCUAUGCGGAUGAUGAGCUAGCGGGAAGUCGUAGGUUGUGGGAUGCAGCUGUCAGGUUUCUACGACAUGCGGAUAAGGAGGAGGCGAGGAGUGAGUUGCUGGCGUAUGGGGUCCCGCGGGAGACGGUGGCGCUGUUUGCGGAUGUGCAGGGGGCGAGGGAGGAUGUGGAGAGUAUGGUUGCGAGGGAUGGAAGCAGUAUGAGUGAA